AUGGGACAAUCACAACCAUCGUAUCCUGCCUCUACUCCACCAUGCAAUUGUGAUGAUAAACACAACGUGAGAGAGAGUGUCAUUAAAAAGAUUGGAAAUGUCAGAAUGGUUCCGAUUGAUAUUUUCCAAACAUUGUUGGAACAAGAGGAGAAGAAUGAUGAGAAUUUAAUUGAUUUAUUUAAUGAGGAAAAUUGUUCGAUUUAUGAGAAGGAAUUACCUCAUGAAUUAUUUAUUCAUAUUUUAGGAUAUCUUACAGGGAGUGAAAUUGUAAAACUGGGACGAACUUGUAAAAAUUUUCAGAACUCAUUCAAACGUAGUGAUGAAAAGCAGAUAAAAGCUUUUACCAAGACUGUACUGUUAGGACCUGAAGGAAGUGGAAAAUCUGAAAUUGUAGCAAGAAUUGUCGGUAAAGACUUUGAUCCUACUUAUACUCCUACAAUUGGUGUUGAGUUUGCAAUGGUACCAUAUCAAUUAAGCACUGGAAUUAAUGUUAAAAUGCAGUACUGGGAUGCUUCAGGCAAACCUACUUUCAACUCACUUUCGAGAGCCUACACGAGAGGUGUACAUGUAAUCGGUUUCUGUUUUGAUUUAAACAAUGAAGAGUCAUUUUCAGAAAUGAAGAACAGAGUUGAGAUUUAUAGAAAUGAGAAUUUUUCAAAUUUAAAGUGGAAUGCAAACCUGAAGGAGGAAAACGCUCACCUUUUAAUUCUCGGAAUGAAAAGAGAUUUGGAGAGAAAGGUAUCGAUACAGCAAGUAAAAGAAUACAUUUCCGAACUAAUUCAAGUAAAAAAGGAAGGAAUAUUACUGAAAGAUUUGAGAAUUCAAUAUUUUGAAUUGAGUAACAAGACAGACACGAUAGAAAUGAUAGAAUUUCCGUUUAUGUAUGGUGUCCUCCAAGUAGAAGAUAAGCUGGCAGUCGAAAGUCCACCACAACCUGUACAUGGUAAUCUUCCUGCCAAGAAAUAA